AUGCCGGUGAGCACGUCCAUCAUCGCCUUGCUGGUGGUGGAGACCAUCAAUGCCACCACAUCGAUGGCGCUGAUGCCCGUUCUGCCCUUCUACGUCAUGCAGAUGGGUGCGAACGCUUUUGACAUCGCUUUGCAGGGGACGGUGUUUAACCUGGCGCAGAUGGUGUUCGCUCCGGUGGUGGGCGCCCUCUCCGACCGCAUCGGCCGCAAGAGGAUUUUGAUCGCCACGCUCCUCGGCUCAGCGGUUGCCAAUUUCCUGCAGGCCAAGGCUAGCAGCCUCUCUGAGAUCCUGAUGGUGCGAGCGGUGGGCGGCAUCGUGACGAGCGGAGGGCCCGUGGAGACGGCUUACCUCAUGGAGGAGACCUCCUCCGAAGACGAGCUCCGGGAGGUAAGGAAGCGAUGA